AGGUAGAACAUGACACCUUGUAUUAUAUGAGAUAUUUUGUGGAAUGAGUUUAGCAACUGUCGGCAACAAAGCAACUGAUGAACAAUCACUCGGAGAAUUGCUGACCGAUGUUCGGAAGAAUAUUCAGCUGAUUGAGAAUCAUGAUGCCAGAAUUUCACAGGAAUAUAAGGGUUUGAUUAUAGACACGACAAUAUCCUUGGAGAGAUUGUCUGUCCUUGUAGCUACGCUCCAUCUCUUCUCUAACAAUGAAACAAUAGACGAUGUCUCAACAGAAACUAUCAAGUUCAUGCUGGUAAACGCAUUCCAAGGGUUUGUGCACCAGCAGCACUACGACUUUGAGAACCGUAAAGCUCACGUGCUAGCCGCUAAAGAGUAUUUCAAGGACUUUCACCACCUGUGCCAACUGUACGGUCUUGCUGAGAAAACAAAUUUUGACGCAAACAGGAUGACUAAUCCAGUGCAGGAAUCUAACAGGAUGGAAAAGAUACAAAAGUAUCAGGAUAAGAAGAGGUUAGAGACUUUAUUAGAGGAAAUGGAGAACAGAACCCACGUAGAGGAAGAAGUUCAGCGAGAAAUCUACCUAUCUCUCGUAAAACUGUGGGUAAUGAAGUGUGAAGAGAACUGUACAAUAUCAACAGUAAUGAAGCCCUUUAUCCUGGUAAAAUCAGAACUACAGAAGCGAGUAUUCGGGGCAGGUUAUCCCUCCUUACCUACCAUGACAUUAGACGAGUUUUACGAUGAGGAGAUGGUGAGGAUGGCUGCAGAAGCUGAACGCCAGCUAAAUGAACCCAAACCUGUGGAACCUGAAGAUCCAGAUGAGGAAACGGAGGAAUCCUUAGGUAAAGCUAGGGCCUGGGAUGAGUGGAAAGAUACUCAUAGAAGAGGGGAGGGCAACAGACACAAUAGGAGUUAGCCAGCUCCUUAAAAUAGCUCCUUAAAAACAACUCCUUAAAAACAGCUCCUUGUAUUAGCCCUUUUUAAUAUGACGGUAUUGAGG